CCGGACGUUUUCCAGAGGAACUUUCUGUAUCUGUGUGAAGAGCUUUGCAGCUGUGUUCACCAUGAACAUUUGUGCUGUGAUCAUUCUCAUGGGGACACUCGUGAACGGAGCCACGUCAACAAUUCACAGUGCGAUGGAAUUUCAAAUAUCUUCAACUCAAGUCCCAAACUUCCCAGAGUUUGUCAUUGUUGCACUAGUGAAUGGACGUCCAGUCUAUUAUUAUGACAGUAACACCAGGAGAGCGGUGCCCAAACAGGAGUGGAUGAACAGAGUGACAGAACAAGACCCACUGUACUGGAAGUGGAACACUCAGCGAGCCAUUAUUAUUGAAGAGCAGCUAAAAGGAUACAUUGAAGGUGUGAGACAGAGACUCAACCAGACUGAAGGACUCCAUCUUCUACAGGUGAUGACUGGUUGUGAAUGGGACGAUGAGACUGAUGAGAUCAGUGGAUAUUAUCAGCUUGCAUUUGAUGGACAAGACUUUAUUGCUUUGGACUGGAAGACAGAGACAUUUGUCGCUGCUAAAUCACAGGCCUUCCCUAUUAAACUCCAACUGGAGAAGAAUGGAGAAGCUGUUCGACUGAAACAUAGAGUGAUCAUCAGGUGUGUCGAAUGGCUGAAGAAGUUGGUGCCAAUUGAAGACAGAAGUCCGAAGAGGAAAGAGCUCCCUCUAGUGUCGUUCCUGCAGAAGUGCUCCUCGUCCCCAGUCACCUGCCACGCCACAGGCUUCUACCCCGACAGAGUGCUGCUGUUCUGGGCUAAAGAUGGAGAGGAGCUGGAUGAGGAUCCUGGAGAGAUCCUGCCCAACCACGACGGAACCUUCCAGACCAGUGUGUCCCUGGACCUGUCCUCUGUCCCAGCUGAAGACUGGAAGAGGUACAGCUGUGUGUUCCAGCUCUCUGGAGUCACAGAGGACCUCAUCACCAGACUGGACCCAAGCAAGAUCCUGAGCAACGAGAGAAAGUUAAGCACCAGCACCAUCACUGCUGCUGUGUUGUCAGGUGUUGGUGUGGCUGUUGUUGUUGUCACUGUUGGAAUCGUCUUGUACAGACGACAUCACAACAACAAUGUGAUAUAUCCAAACACUUUUACUGAAGUCACUGCACUGUUCAUAUGUCAUCAAUCAUUUAACAAGUAUCUGGAGUCAAAAAGACUCCAUCUUCUACAGAGAAUGUCUGGUUGUGAAUGGGACGAUGAGACUGAUGAGAUCAGUGGAUAUUAUCAGACUGCGUUUGAUGGACAAGACUUUAUUGCUUUGGACUGGAAGACAGAGACAUGGGUCGCUGCUAAACCACAGGCCUUCCCCACUAAACUGAAAUGGGAGAGGAUUGGAGCAGCGGCUCGUUAUAAAAACGAUCUGACCCACGCUUGUGUUGAAUGGCUGAAGAAGUUUGUGCGAUUUGGAGAGAAAAGUCUGAAGAGGAAAGAGCUCCCUCUAGUGUCGUUCCUGCAGAAGUGCUCCUCGUCCCCAGUCACCUGCCACGCCACAGGCUUCUACCCCGACAGAGCGCUGCUGUUCUGGGCUAAAGAUGGAGAGGAGCUGGAUGAGGAUCCUGGAGAGAUCCUGCCCAACCACGACGGAACCUUCCAGACCAGUGUGUCCCUGGACCUGUCCUCUGUCCCAGCUGAAGACUGGAAGAGGUACAGCUGUGUGUUCCAGUUCUCUGGAGUCACAGAGGACCUCAUCACCAGACUGGACUCAAGCAAGACCCAGAGCAACGGUGAGACUGGGGCUGGGAGGAGCAGA